AUGUACGUCUCUGUCCGUUAUGUCUCAUUUCAGACAUGUCCUUCGAAUGACAUCCUUGGAAUACUUACGGAAAGUACGUCCUCUGUAGUUGCUUCAAGCGGUGUUGGAUCACUUAAGGAAGAUUCCGGUUUUGAUUCCAGAAGAGACUUCCGGUUUCCUAACUUUCCGUCCACGGGGACGAGAAAAGAUAGUUCAGGCAGGGUAGAGUCUGCUCUUGUGUCCAGAGAGGGUGGAUCACUGAAGGUGGAAGGCGUCGAACUGUUUUGGCCUUCUGGAGCUCUUGACGAUCCUGAAACUAUUACGCUUGCAUUGGAAGAUCCCUGCAAGCACUAUAGGCUGAUAUUUCAGAGGGGACUAGAAAACGAUCUCAGUUUUGGCGCAAACGUAAUUAAUUUGCAACCAAAUGGUCUAAAAUUUAACAAAUCUUUGACUUUGAAAAUCACCUUAGACAAAAACAAAGGCCCGUAUAAUGAGUGGCUUGUUCUACACGGCAAACAAGCCACAGAUAGAAACAUUUUUUGGGAAACUAUUACUGAUCAAUCAAGGUUUGACUUGGUAAAUGGGGUAGUUACCACUGAAAUUAAUGGGUUUUCGAUAAUUGCUGUCCUUUUGAGAUCAAUUUGGGUUCAAUUGAGAGAAAUAGUGACGCGGCUCAACAUCAUGCCAUUCAAAUAUACGUUGUCGGUACUGUACAGAAGCAAUCUUGAAAAUGAUCCUUUCGAGGAGGUCAGUCUCGCUUUAAUGAGCCAGGAUGUCUACCAAGAGCGAUAUUACCGAGAGCACGAUGAAUGUGUUCUAGAGAAACUUAAGAGAGAUGGGUUUGAAGAACUUGGAUCUAACGUUCGCGAAGAAACCAACUAUAUUUACAAUGGGGAACGCCUGGUGGUCUCAAUACGGCUUGGUGAAGACUACAAGCUUGCAAACAACCAGCGAGGUAGCAUUGAAGUGACUGUUGAUUCGUCCGUAUGGUGGAGCACUGGGAAGAGCGUUACGUUUCCGUUGCAAAGUUCAUGUACAAAAGCCAAAAUUUUAUGUGGAAAAGUCAAAAUUGAAGGCCAGUAUGGGCAUACCCGCGAGGAUGACUUCUGUCAACUAGAUCUAUCUUGUUACUUGAGACGCCUAUUGGGAGUAGGAGAACUAGCUUUCAACCUUCGACCCAUUCACGAAAGGCUUGAGUUGCCAGCGGAAACGUGGAGCCAAGCUGUGUCUCGGUGGCAAAGAGAGGAUAAACAGCUGGAAACUCUUUUGCAGAGAUGGAAAGAGCAGGAAAGGGACGAAACCCGUCCUGCUUUGCUGAAAAGAUCCCUUGAGGGGCUAAGGCCUGAAGAAUACAGAAUAAACGAGAGAGGGCAAAUGCAUAUCACACAUUUGAGAGAACUGGCGACUUCGAUCCUUGGUCUGAAUCAUGAGGACCGUGACAUGAUGAAAUACUUAGAAAAUGAGAUAAGAAAUUUAUGCAGAUCUAUUCUGAGGGACUGUUGCAUUGAAAUCGCCAAUUCAAAGGAAGAUAUGAAGUGGGCAAGUUCUAUCGAGAACCACACCAAUAUUCUUGUAACCAAGGGAAUUGUUUCCAAUGAGGUUUCCCAGCGAUAUAAGGCAAUGUUUUCAUCUGCUGAAAACGUUGUUAAAGAUAAUUUUCUUCGGCUGGUUCCUCAUCUCGUUCAAGCCGUAAAGGAUAUCUUCCGAGAUGAGAGUAUCCCACUUUCACAAAGUGGAAUGAGAGGACUGGAUGAGGAGACGGUCACUAGAAUUGCGUCAGCGAUUCAAAACGCUGCAAAGGAUAAAAAAAUACUAAGUCUUUUCAUACAAGUAAGUAAUAUUCUUGAGAAGUUAUGCCAUGAAAAUAAUAACAAUCCAUCACAAAGUACAGAUGAAAAGAUACAGGAGUGGGGAAGGUCUGUCAUGGUUAUUACGAUGCUGGAUUCGUUGGAAGAUAUCUUUGAAACUGCAGGCUCAGAUCCCCGAAGAUUGCGCGAAAGAUUAAGAGUCGCUUCACUCUACCUUAAAGACAUCAUGUUAGAUCCAAAGGCCUAUGAAGGAAUUUUCCUUCAGGACUUCCACAAUCUUUCAUUGAGUCUAUUGAAAUUUUCCAAAUUUGAUCCAUCACAGCUUGUGAGAUUUGAAUUGAUUGACCCAAAUGAUUCUUCCAACACUCAAAGUAAGGACUUAUUGAAGUACCAAAUGUUCUUGUCGAGAAGAAUGCGCUUCUCGCAGCUAUUCUGGAUCAACAAAGAGUCUGAGGGCGACUUAAAACUUGAAGCAGUUGCACAUGUUCACAUUGACGGACAUCAUCGCAAAAUCGGGGCGUUUGAAUCAACAAUCACAAUACCCCAGGCCUGCAGUGAAGUUAUAGACAAACUUCUAAACGCUUCUCUGCCUGUAGCUGUCGAAAGAAACUAUGACUUCUGGGAAGAAAUUCGCGUUACUCUUUAUUCGACUCAAAAGCAGAAUGUGAGGAAAGCACUGGAGUAUCUGGAGAGGGAAUUGGGCGAAGAGGUGGUUGACCUGAAGAAAGAGAAGAUUGCAGAAAGUCACCUUAAAUGUCGCAGCUUCGCAAAAGCAGGCACAGAUGUCAAACUGCGUUUGAUCCACGAAUGGGGAUCAGAAACGAUUGGUCUUGAAAGCGAUCAUUUCCUAGCCCUUGCAGACUCGCGUGCAGGAGGUGCCUGCAUGCCUGAUUCAGAAACAGCAGCUGAGACCAAUCAAACGACGGUUCUACCUGCAGCAGGCGACUCAAGGGCUGACACUUCCGACGGGAGCAACUUUGCUAUGGAUCCAUCGCACUCGGAGGUGAUACAGAGACAUCAAAAAGAGCAGCGAGGGAAGACCGAGAUCCACUAUCACCAGAUUUUUAUGAAAGGUCACGUUUGCGUGGUGGGACCGGACACUAGUCUUAAUAUGCAAACGCCAGCCACUGCUGAAAGUCAAAGGUGUUUGGAGGCUGGCCCAGGUACUGCUCUACAAAGGAGUUCAACUGCUGCUACUACUGAUGAACAAGAAGAUUGAGCACAUGACGGUUGGGAAACGUAAAAGGAAAGCAUUUGGACACGUUUCUUCUAUACCCAUAUUUACAUUGUAUAACAGGAAUUGCUUGUAGCCAGCCGCCGCACGUAAACGAGUAAAUAUUGUUUGGAUAUAGCUAUCUCUAAAGCUUUACAUAUCGUAAAUGACAAGUAGCUAAAACUGAGGAAAGACUAAUGCCUUACAAGGUAUCCUGAGAUUAAUUCUAAUGUGAAUGAUGGCUCAGUAAGCUUAAAUUUGUAGUAAAGUUUCGCACCAGUUUCCCGCGUGCUUCAUACCUCGAUGAACGCACGCUGACGUAUCAACCAAUUGUUAAUUACAAAGGUUUGAAAGGGAAAGAUCCACGGAUUAGAAAACUUAGCACCCCAGUCUGCAAAUUUUUCAAAAUUGCUAAGCUUUCAAACGGCCCAAGAACUCACACUUGAACACUAGUGGCCUCAAAAUAAAGUAAAAAAUUAAUAGUCUCUUUGAGUUUCUCCUCGUCCUUUUUAUUUUAUCUAUCAUAUUUAUUUUCUACCACAACCAUUUCUUUACAAUAAGUAAGGUCUCCGAGAGCGUGGCACGAGGCGAGACCAAAGCGAGACUACCAUACUGCAUGAUCGACCAGUCGACAAAUCUAG